AUGUCCAUCAGUACUCUAUCAAGAAGCUUGCUUUGGGAGCAACAGCAAACAAACACUAUGCAAAGCAUGUUUAUCAUCAAGUGGGAACUAAUUGGUGGAGUAGAUGGUGUUUGUGGUAGAGGUGAAGCUUUUGGUGGAUCAGAUGGUGGUGAUGGAGAUAAAUUUGAUUGUGAAGGAGAACCUGUUGGUGGAUUGGCCACUAGUGGUGCUGGGGAAUUCGUUGGUGGAGUAAAUACUAGUGGUGGUGGAGGUGAACUCCUUGGUGGAUUAGAUACUGGCAGUGAUGGGGGCAAUGAACUCAUUGGUGGAUUGGAUGCUAUUGGUGAUGGUGGUGGUGGUCGACAUGAACUGGUUGGUGGAUUAGAUACAGGUGGAGAUGGUGGUGGUGAUGUAGGUGGUUGUGCAAGAGGUGAUGGAGUAGGAGGUGUGGAGAGGUCACAUGGAUUUGCAUUAGGCUUAGAAGGUGUGGAGAAGAUGGCUGUGACAAUGGUGGUGGACUGGUGUUAG